CGACGAGAAGGACGACGACGACAGGGGCCAGAAGUCAUCAUGGACCUGCGACAGUUUCUCAUGUGCCUAUCUUUGUGCACAGCCUGUGCUCUUAGCAAGCCCACAGAGAAGAAGGAGCGAGUGCACCAUGACCCUCAGCUCAGUGACAAGCUCCAUGAUGAUGCCCAAAACUUUGACUACGAUCAUGAUGCCUUCCUGGGUGCAGAAGAGGCCAAGACCUUUGAUCAGCUGACCCCAGAAGAGAGCAAGGAGCGACUUGGAAAGAUUGUAAGUAAAAUAGAUGAAGACAAAGACGGGUUUGUCACUGUGGACGAGCUCAAAGACUGGAUUAAGUUUGCACAAAAGCGCUGGAUUUUCGAGGAUGUAGAGCGGCAGUGGAAGGGGCAUGACCUCAAUGAGGACGGCCUCGUUGCCUGGGAGGAGUAUAAAAAUGCCACCUACGGCUACAUCUUAGAUGACCCAGACCCUGAUGAUGGAUUUAACUACAAACAGAUGAUGGUGAGAGAUGAAAGGAGGUUCAAAAUGGCAGACAAAGAUGGUGAUCUCAUUGCCACAAAGGAAGAGUUCACAGCUUUCCUGCACCCUGAGGAAUAUGACUAUAUGAAAGAUAUAGUAGUGCAGGAAACCAUGGAGGACAUUGACAAGAAUGCUGAUGGCUUCAUUGACCUGGAAGAAUACAUUGGCGACAUGUACAGCCACGAUGGAAACGCCGACGAACCAGAGUGGGUGAAGACUGAGCGGGAGCAGUUUGUGGAGUUCCGAGACAAGAACCGGGAUGGGAAGAUGGACAAGGAGGAGACCAAGGACUGGAUCCUCCCCUCUGAUUAUGAUCAUGCUGAAGCUGAGGCCAGGCACCUGGUCUAUGAGUCUGACCACAACAAGGAUGGCAAGCUGACCAAGGAGGAGAUCGUCGACAAGUAUGAUUUAUUCGUGGGCAGCCAGGCCACAGACUUCGGGGAGGCCUUAGUACGGCACGACGAAUUCUGAGCGGCAGACAGAGAAGCGCGAUUUUCUUCAAAAGUAAUUUAUUUUUUACAGCUUCCGGUUUCACGUGAAAAUCGUGUUCGCUACUGAGACUGUCCAUUACAAAGUUCAAGAUGAAAAGCAACGACAGCAACUGCCCCCUUUCCUCUACCCAGAGGGACUAGAGGGAGACUCUGUGCUCCUGAUGCACGACUGUAAUUUCAAAACUUGUGGUUUUUUGUUUUUUUUUAGAUUUACACUUUGGUUUCCUGUAUAACGAGUUGUUUUUAUUUUUGUAUUGCUUUCAGACCAGGUAGAUGAAAUGAAGGAUGUAGAUCUCCACUUUCUUCUUUGCCAUAGGUUCAAGUUAGUUUCUUCCAUCCCCAACCCUGUUUUCCUCCUAUCAGUUUGUACUUUUUAUUUAGCUAACAAACUGCUUUAAAAGCCUAUGAUCAACAGAGUCCAGGAGAGGGAAGAGGACAACUGUUCCCCAAAUUUUAUUCAAGUGAGACCGUUUUCAGGCAUUAUUUCUCAAGAAGGUGUCAGGGGUGGACCCCCCAGGUUCCACAGACCAUUUUCUAUCCCACUUGAGCACUAUCUACAGUGGUAAUGAAUCCAUUACCCCAUUACUGGCAUCCUGGGGGGCGGGAAGGAACAACCAUCCAUCCCAAGGUCAGAAUGACCCAGGCCACCUGGCCCAGCAAGAAUGGAAGGGGUUAGCAUCAGGGCCAGUGGGGUGACCAGUGGCACAGGGGUCUGAAACAGGGCCGUGGAUUUGUUUCAGGGAUAGCCGGCCGGUGGAAACAGACCCGGGUGUCUUUCCAAACAUCUCGACCCUUCGAAAUAACUAGGACCGGCUUGACUGAUGCCUGUUGAAGUGAUUGAACAUCUGCUGAGUGGCAAGAGGGUCAUAAAUGUCCCCGGUAGGCACUUAGGGCUGCUGAGCCUAUUUUUCUUAUUUUUCAACUGGUUGAAACAGCUAAGAUGGAUCCCAUGUCAGUCAUGCCAUCCAAGUGCCUUUACCUGCCAAGAUAAAUGAUCAGCCAAAGGGCUUCCCCUCAGGGACCCCAAGGCUAAUUAGGCUAAAGUAGAAAGUGAUCAAGAGCAGGUUAAGGCUCCAGGAAAGCCCUCCACCUCAGAGAAGACUGCUUAGUCUGGGGAUCUGGGAUGUAGUGGGGCUUUCUUUUCAUUCUCCUUCCUGGGCAGUGAGUGGUGGAACUACUAUUAGUUAAUAGCUCAAUUGCAGUGUUCAAAUAGCCCCGUGGGCUGGCUUCUUAAACUGCAUGUUGCCUAGUUUACCCAGGGAUCCUCUUGGCUCAAAAUACAGACCACUCACAAACCAGGAGACAUGUGGGGGUCAUCACCCCACUUUGUCGGGAUCAGUUGGUGAGCACCAGCAGCAUUCCCAGUGGGGGCCCCUUCUGCCAAAGUGCCAUCCUUCCUCCCUUUUUCCGCAUGGCUUUGCAGGUUGCAGACCUAUGGGAACAGAAAGGCAUUAAGGGAGAGAACUUGGGGAAACCAUUCUUUCCAACUCAGCAGAUGCCACCCUGUUCUUCCCUCUCUCUGCCUCAUACAACACUAAUCCUCCGUUUCUGGAACUUCCUCCUUUGAAAACAUAUUUUGUGUUCCCAGGACACUAAGAUAUUUGUGUGUGUGUGUGAGAGAGAGAGAGAGAGAGAAGUGUGUGUAUCCUUUACUCUUUCAUGUAAUCUCUAUAGGUAAUACACCUUUGGUAUAACUUGAGACCUCAGCAUCAGGAGGUGCUAGGUGAAUAUUAGAAACCAGAUGAGGAUUUUUUUUUUUAUGGCCACAAUGAGGGGCUGGGUUGAAAGCUGAGAAGGCAGGCUCCCAGCCUCCCCAAGGCCUCUGGGAUGUAGGAUUUAGAGUUGUGGGGUAGGAGCCAUGGGUAGAAGACCCACUCUUCCUACUCUCCACCUGAAGAAUCAAAUUCUCCUGGAGACUGGACCACUCAGCCUGGGGGUCUGAGCCCCUGCCCCGGGGUGAAAGUGUGCUGGGCUGAGCUGCGUGGCGGGGGCUCUGCACAGCUGCAGCCGCAGAUCCCGGCUCGCAUGAGUGAAAAUUCACCCACCCCAAGGGUGAAUCUUAACCAUACGGCGACAGUGGCACCGACAGCUUCUGUGGGCCGGCUGCUCUGCCAAGUGCAUUUUAUUCAAAUCCCUACUUCGUUCCUGGGUUAUUUUUCGUUCAGAGUGAGCCCGAGGUGGGUGAGCAACAAGCAGCACAUCCACCGUGAGUAUCCUGUGUCCUGUGAGUUCUUGGUUUCUUUUGUAAUGGAGUGUAAACCAAGUUUUAUAUUGUAAUGCAAGCAGGUGAUAUCUGUUUCUCAAUAAAACUGUUUACAUUCACUCUGA